UUCGUCAAGUUCGAUUUCUGGCCCCCUCCUCGCCGUUUCUCAAACUUCCAAAGACUGGCAUGAGCGACAGGCAAUGUAUUUUUAGUUAGAUCCCAACUUUCGCUCUCUUCAUUCUUGAAUGGAAUCUUACGUCUUGAAUUCUGUGAAAGAAGAUUAGAGCUGACGUGUCACAGUGCAUUUGAUCAUAUUAUCAGAUAAUGUGGUUCAAGUUAGUUCUGUUGCUGAUCUAUGUAGCUGUGUUGUUUAUCCUGGCGCGGUUGCUUGAGGCAGUUAGCUGGGUGGAGACGGGGGUGUUGUCACACCGUCUGCUUGACCCCAUGACCCUGUCUGUUCUGAAGCUGAAGACGCUUCUGGAGCAGAGAGGGGUCAGUUAUGAGGGUGUAGUGGAGAAACACGAGCUCAGUGAGCUUGUAGACGCCACAGGACUGGUGACGGAGGGGGAGGUAACUGAUGCUGCCAUGGAGGAAUCUACCACCCCCACAAACUUCACUGGGGGAUCUCAUUUUCUGGAACAGGUGGAGGAUGCUAAAGACAGUGUUUGGUUGGUCAGGAUUCUCACCAAACAGUGGGAAUUUAAGCCUCUCUCUGACGCCUCCUGGUCAGCUCUCAUCAACAAAGUGACAAAGUUUGGGGUCAGGGUGGGCAACUUCAACUGCAAAACAGAUUACAGGUUCUGUCAUUGGAAGAACUGGGAUUCCACUCGCCUUAUCCUCGGCCUGCCUCAGAAAUUUCAGUCUAAAUCUCAGGUCCAACUGUACACCUAUACAGGUAACUAUAAACUGUUCAGCAUCAGUAAUUGGAUCAAAGACACAGUCAACCAUAAAGUCCUUACCAUUAAAGAUCCCUUGGAACUAAACAAGAACUGGAUCUCUUAUAAACCUUCAGAAGACCCUGAGAUCCGUAUCAUUAUGGUUUCAAAACAAACGCAAGUUCCCCUUUUUUAUUCAGCACUGAGUGUACGUUUUCCAGGACGAAUUCGUUUUGGAGUAACGUCUAGAGAAGUAUUGGUUAAAAGCAAUGCUUGGAAGCUUCUUCCAGAAAGGGAUAAUUUAGCAUACUUCAUUAUAACCAAAGAAAAAGUGUUCAAAUAUGGGACCAGGCCUUCAGAAUCAAUUUCUUUUAAAUCCAUGGAAACAUAUUUAAAAUGUUUAUAUCCAAGUCUUAAUGAUGUUUUUAUUUUAACACUAUUCAUCUGUAAUAGUCUCACUAUUUUUGAGAUCAGUUUAGUUCAAGGUUCGUUUAUUAAAAGGAUUGUAAUGUUACUGUUCUGUGCCAUAAAGUAUAAUAUUAUACACAUCCUUGUUUGGAUGGGCCUUUUAACACUCUUCCAGAUUCCUUUUCUAGCUGAUUUUAUUCCCUAUGGCCUUAAGCUGAUCCGUUUAUUGGGUGUUACCGACACCAUGGCUUUGGUCAGGGCUGAUUUUAAAUUUUACUCUCACCAUAUGAUCAUUGUUGAAGUUUGGUUAGGGUUGUACUUACUGGCUCUAGGAGUAGGGUUUUAUAAGAAGAGUACAGAGGAAGACUCCAAUCAAGACUGGAAUUUCGCCCGCUUCAGAACUUUAGAACAUUUGUUUUACCCCUUACAUCCUCGCAGCUUGAGUCACCUGGAUCGUAAUGCAUUUCUGGAGUGGAACCAACAAGAAAUCCCAUCUCUCUGGAUGGCCGCUCACAUGUCAUCUGAGUACAUUAAAUACCUGCCUACCUGGCCCUACACCAAAGUGGACCCAAAUAAUGUAACACCAGAACAAACUUGUACAUCGCAUCAUUCAAAAUACACCAUUUUUGAACAGGACAAUACACCAACAGACAGACACACCAAAGAGAGAGACAAUGUUACACACCUUGACAGUUCCUCUUGUAUUCAGAAUUUAAGAUCAGAGACCCUAACUCAGAAUUAUGAUAGGAGCCUGAGGCCCUGCCUGACCCCGGGGGAUUUCCUGGAGUGUAGCCAGUGUGUGGUCUGUCUGGAGGAUUAUGAGGCUGGGGUCCUGUUGUGUGGGCUGCCCUGUAAGCACAGCUUCCAUCAGCGCUGUAUCCUGACCUGGCUACAGAGGGAUAACCACUACUGCCCCGUGUGUAGGUGGCCCUCUAACAAACAAAUGCCCAUCCAUGUUCACUCAGAGUAAACUCUUAAAACAUUACACACAACCCACAUUUACUCAGAAUUAACUCCUAAAACAUUAUUAAACCUAGCCCACAUUUACUCAGAAUUAACUCCUAAAACAUUAUUAAACCUAGCCCACAUUUACUCAGAAUUAACUCCUAAAACAUUAUUACACCCACCCACAUUUACCCAGAAUUAACUCCUAAAACAUUAUUACACCCACCCACAUUUACCCAGAAUAAACUCCUAAAACAUUAUUACACCAACCCACAUUUACCCAGAAUAAACUCCUAAAACAUUAUUACACCAACCCACAUUUACCCAGAAUUAACUCCCAAAACAUUAUUACACCCACCCACAUUUACCCAGAAUAAACUCCUAAAACAUUAUUAAACCUAGCCCACAUUUACUCAGAAUUAACUCCUAAAACAUUAUUACACCCACCCACAUUUACCCAGAAUUAACUCCUAAAACAUUAUUACACCCACCCACAUUUACCCAGAAUAAACUCCUAAAACAUUAUUACACCAACCCACAUUUACUCAGAAUAUACUCCUAAAUCACUACACCCAUCAACAUUCACUCAGUCCUAAAACAUUGUUAUAGUUCCUAUGAAAACUUUUCACAUCCAUAUUCCCUCCCCAAACAAGCAUCUGCUUCCUACCAACCAAAGCUUUUAUAAACAGCAUCAUUUCUAAAACAAUCAACAUUAUUGAUCACAGCUCUUUUCUUUGACUAAUAAAUGAAAUAUUAUUUGAGAA